UUUAAAGAUGGCGGACGAACUGGAUGUCUAUGAGAGUCACCCAAUGCAAGAUAGUGAUGAUGAUGCCGAUGAUGACUGGGAGGAAGUUGAUGAAGAUGACGAGACUCCAACCAAGUGUUUGUUUUGUAAYGUYGUGUGUGACAACUCACACUCCACAUUGAAACAUUGUAUAGAUGUUCAUGGAUUUAAUUUGUACUCAGUAAAGCACCGCUUUGAACUAGACUUUUAUGGCUGUAUCAAAUUGAUAAAUUACAUCAGAAAGAAGAAUAUUUCAGUUGACCAUUUGGCAUCUGUAUGUCAACCAUACCCAUGGGAAGAUAAAGAGUUCCUUCAACCAGCUCUUAAAGAUGAUCCACUGUUGUGGUUCGAUUUUGAUGAAGAACUGGAAAAAUUUAAAGACUGUGAAGCAAGUUUAAUGUCAAAUGGACUGGGGAAAGAUGGUGAAGGCUUUGUGCCAAUACAGCAGUACAAUGAACUCAAGAGCAGGUUGUUAUUAACAGAGGAAAGAGCAGUUAAAGCUGAAACUGAUCUGGCAAAAGCUAGAGAUGACAUUAACCAAUUAAGAAUAUUAGCAAAAUCAUUUCUUGAAGAUUAUACUCCAAAAAGCAGAACACACAAAAGUUCCACAGGAUCUUCAAGUAAAAAUGUUGACGACAAUGAUGAGGACAGUGCUUACUUUAGCUCUUAUGCUCACUUUGGAAUCCAUGAGGAAAUGUUGAAGGAUAAAGUAAGGACAGAGAGCUACAGAGAUUUUAUCUUGGGAAAUCCACAAUUUUUUCAGGAUAAGGUUGUGCUCGAUAUUGGCUGUGGAACUGGUAUUUUAUCCAUGUUUGCUGCUAAAGCUGGAGCUCGGCAUGUAGUYGCMGUUGACCAGUCAGAAAUCAUAUAUCAAGCUAUGGACAUUGUACGUGAAAAUGGACUUGAAAAGGUUGUCACUUUGGUAAAAGGAAAAGCUGAAGAAAUCUCACUUCCAGUCGAUAAAGUAGAUGUUAUUAUAUCAGAAUGGAUGGGUUAUUUCCUCUUGUUUGAGUCUAUGUUGGAUACUGUACUGUUUGCUAGAGAUAAAUGGCUCUCACCAACAGGAAAAGUUUUUCCAGAACACUGCACAAUUCAUCUAAUGGCAAUGGGAACUCUUGAGAAUCAACCAACAAAAUUAAGCUUUUGGGAUGAUGUAUAUGGAUUUAAAAUGUCUU